UCACCAGCCAUUAUAUAAGCUCCUCACAUCAUCAACUUUCAUCACAGACUUUAGAAGCCUUGUUGAUACCUACAGAAUAUCUUUAGCAGUUUACAGAUUUACAACUUUGUUUGGUGCAAAUUUCCUUUGGUGAUUUACAUCAAACUUACUGUGAAAUCUAAACCGAAAUUCUAGAGAUUUGAUUUUUGCUUACAACCUGAAAGAACCGAAGCUUACGAUGGAGACCAACCAGCGUAGCAUCGAAGAGACUGAACUCGAGAUCAUUGAAAGGGAAUUGCAGAUACCCAACCGACCCAAGCGCAAGAGGAAGAAGGUGCCUUUUGCUGUCUGGUUGGAGCAGCAAGAGAUGAAAACUUCUGCUGAGAAAAUCGAACAGCAGGAGGCUUCAUCUGCAAUGGAAAAUGGAUCGAUCGCCCAACCUCUGGAGGUAGUCGAUCAGAAAGGGGACAGACCAACACAUGACAGUGAGGCAAAUGAAAAGAACCUGGUACCGACUAAAACCUGCUCAGAGGAAAACGCCCCAGCUGACCAAGAGAUUUCUGCUGGAAACAUUGAGAAGCAGAACAAAUCUCUGGUCAGCGGAGAAGAGUCCACCGCUGGAGGGCAGGAGAAAAUAGAAACAGCAGAGAGGGAACAGCCACCAAGGACCAGGCGAAAUAAAAAGAAGAAGAUCCCGUUCAGUGUCUGGUUGGAGACACACGCCCCUGUUGACCAACGGAUUUCCCAUGAGAUUUCUGGAAUGGAAGAAACUUCAAUGGAAGAACAAGAAUCGAUCUCUGGACCUCAGCAGACAACAGAGAAGGAACAGCCCCUUAAGUCUGACACUGAAAAUAUUGAAGAGCUGGAGACUUCUCUGCCUGAAGAAGGAGAUCCGGACAAUUCAUUAAAUAAGGAUAUUCAUACAGAAGAACCUGCGAUUUCUAUAACACAACUGGUGACUGAAAAGGACGACAUCUCCAAACCAGAGAGGAAACUGGAUCAGAAAGAGGAAAAACAAUCAAAGCCUAAACCCAUCAAUAAGUCGCCACUGUUGUGGAAAUCUUUUCCCGAGCCUGAUGCCACCAUAGAUCUGUCAUUUUUCACUGGAAACACUGACAUUAAUGAUGGACCUCUGCUGGAAAACCAAAGUCUUCAGGCAGCUUCGCCCAGCAGGGGAAAUAAGACGGUUUGGAAAACGCUGCCCAAGUCAGAACCUCAUGUGGAUAUAACUUUUAUUGCUGGGAAUAUUGAAAAUGUUCCAAUGGCGGCACAAAAAAGUAAUGAGGAAGCUUCUUUGACAACAACUCAACCAACGUGUACAUGUGCUGCUAAAUUUAAAGAGUCUGAACUGGCACACAUCAAAUUUAGAAAAUAUUUAAUGAAUCAGCUCGACGAAAUGUUUGAUACGAAUAAAAAACUGAGUGCGAAACUAAAACAGCAGAAAGAUCUGCUGAGCAAAGUCCUCUCAGAGAGACAACAAAGCAGGAAAACAACAGUUUCUGUUCAAAUUCAGACUGAUUCAGAGGAAAACCUAAAGCAGAAACCAGUCAGUUUUCAGUCAGCUUCAACUCAGACAGAGACGGAGGAACCAGAAACCAGUUCCCAGUUGAAACCAGUCCUGAAAACUGUUUCAACUCAAACGGAGUCGGAGGAACCAGAAACCAUCUCCCAGUUGAAACCAGUCCUGACAACCAUUUCAACACAAACAGAGACAGAGGAACCAGAAACCAGUUCCCAGGUGAAACCAGUCCUUCAAACGGUUUCAACUCAGACAGAGAUGGAUGAGCUGGAAACCGGAAGUCACUGGAAACCAGUCUGUGGAACGGUUUCAACUCAAACUGAGCUAGAUCUGUUGGAAUCCGGAUGCCAGUUAAAACCAGAUUAUGAAACGAUCUCAACACAAACUGAGCUCCAAGAACAGUUGUCUGAAUCACAACAGGAUGGGCAUCAGGAUGGGCAUCAGGAUGGGCAUCAGGAUGGACAUCAGGAUGGACAUCAGGAUGGACAUCAGGAUGGACAUCAGGAUGGGCAUCAGGAUGGACAGACCAAGGGAUUGAAGAGAUCAGCAGGUGUGAAGUAAGGAUCUCCAUCCUCCAGGAGGUGAUCGGACUGUAACUGCUGCUCCUUCACAUCAGACGGAGUCAAGUGGGGAUGUUGGGAAAUCGUAAAAUAUUCCUUUUGUCUGCCUCUUUCAGGAGGUUAUUUGGAAGUUUCCCACUGGGAGGAAACCAAAUUAAGGAAAUCUUGCUGUUCCUUGGAAUGCCUUGAAAUCCCCCAAGGUUCUGGAGUCUGGAGGGGGAUCCCUGGAGCCUUGAGUCCACUUCACAACACAGCAGUUUGGUGCACCAUUCGGUCUGUUUUGGUUGUUAAAAGGACAAUAGUAUGUUAUUGUUGCCAUUAGCAUGAGACGUAUUAGUGUGUCUCAUGCUAAUAUGAUGCAACAUUAGAUGUUUGGGUUUAAUCCCGCCGACCCAAUGAGAGUCCAUAUCACUUCCUGAAGGGUGUUUCACUUCCUGAACUCAGAGAAGUGAAAGACAGAAGUUUAGUAGAUAAAUAACUUUAUCUUAAUAAACUAAGUGUUGGUAGUUUAAGAAAAUCAAAUAAAAUUGUUGCAAUUAUCAGAUAACUUUAGUAAAAUAUGACUGCAGGAAAUCAGGCAGGUCAUGGUUAUCUGGGUUUCUGAAGGGAAUGUUCCUGCUGUCGUAUCACCGUUUCCUUCACCAUUUCUCUGUUUUUACUUUCAUUUCCUUGAAAGAUAAAGUACAGUUGGAUCUGGAUGAGAUGAUCUGAUUGGCUUGGAUGUUAAAGAUCUCUGCUUGUGUCUUAAAUUUGGUGUAUUAAAUGCUUUAGGCUUUUUCUAUUAGUCAGUCAUUAAUUUGGAAAGGUUUAAAACCCUCUUUAGGUCAAAAGGUAUUUCCAUAAUGAGGUACAUCAGUCGCUGUUUGGUUAUGUAAGAUAAUGUGAGCAUGUUAUGUAGCUACCAUGGAUGAAACAUGUUGCCCUUAGCUUUGAUACCUUCCAUUAUUUUAGUCGCUCAU